GAAAUGCUGGAAGCACUCAAGGCGCUCUCAACCUUUUUUGUCGAAAACAGUUUGCGCACCCGAAGAAACUUGCGUGGAGACAUUGAACGACGAAGCUUAGCCAUAAAUGAAGAAUUUGUCCACAUAUUCAAGCAAGUUAAAGAGGAGCUUGAGAGUAUAAACGAAGAUGUGCAGGCGAUGAGCAGCUGCUGUGAAGAUAUGUCCAGUCGUUUGAAGGCAGCAAAGGAACAAACCCAGGACUUGAUAGUAAAAACCACCAAACUCCAAGCAGAAAA